AAACACGGCUUCCCCACCUAACACCACGCUGCUGGGCUUGAUCCCGCUAGGCUCUUAAAACGGUCAAGCAACUCCUGGCCCGCGCACCUCCAUCGCCAGGGGCUGCUCCAGGUAACACGGCGUCGCCAGCGCGCCCGACUGCAAUUUCCCACGGGCAUUCUCUCGAGCAGGGGCCGGAGCCAAGCAAUUGGCCUGCCUGCUCGCACCCGGCGCGCAGCACGCCGGACCCUUUUGCUGCCAUGGAAGCUCGCGACCAAGCCCUCCAGCAGCAUCCUACUCCGCCAGACAUGGCUCUAGGAGGUGCCAUGCGCGACGACGACUCCCCUCCCAAAACCCCUCCGCGCUCUUCGCUGCGCCUGCAAAAGGGCAAAGCUCCCAUGCGCGCGCUCGAUACCCACAACCUCCGGCAGGAGAGCUUCUACGAUGAGGCCGACACUCCCUCCAUCGACCAGAACCGCUUCAGCGCCGGCAGCAAUUUCGACGCCAGCUCGCGAGACUCCCACGACCUCAACCUGCGCGAUGUGACCAGAGACUCGGUCGUCGACAACAUGCUACUAUCGCUUGACAGUCUCCCGAACGGCAGUGCUACCUUCCCCACUCACUUUGGCGGCCUAUACUCAAGCUUCGACGACGAUGACGACUUCUACAAAUCCGAGGGCCGCUUCUCCCCGCCCCAAGUCCUGCGCAGCCCGAACCAUACGUACGCAACCGCCUACGGCUCCGAAUACGACGGUCGGCCGGAUAGUCGGUAUUCGCAUCACGCCUCUCGCGGACGCCGAAGUAAUAGCACCGCCAAUUUCCGGUCGGACCUAGACAGGAUCGACAGCAACAGGAUUGCAGGUUAUGGCUCGGCGCGAAUGGGUGCGGACACGCAGAAGAAGGCUUUGUUUGGAGAAGGGGGGUAUUCGUGGCAUGCGAGAGGUGAGCGGAACGGGAGCAAAGGCAGCACGUCUUCCAGCGUGGAUUACGGCUUCAGCACCCAGAUAAUUUCGAGUGGUCGCCGAACCAAUCGUUCCUCGAGCUUUGACAAUGGUUAUGAGGACAGGCAUCUUAGAGACGACUCGCCAGGCAAACAGGACUACGGCUCCAUUCUGGACCGCGGCAGACCAAACGUAUUUACAUAUGCGAGUUACGAUGCUGCGCCCACUCCCACCAUACCCACUGGAACACAUAGGUUCGAUGAUCCUCCCCAAUCCGCAGGAUCCUACGCAGAAUACGUCUCACCGCAACCUGCGUUUGCAUCAAUGCCUCCAGGCUCGGGGCCAUCAUCGCGCCGAAACAGCCUUCGAUCUGCCCCGAGCAAGGGGAUGCGGAGGGGCAAGCCACAGGGUCCUGACGCCAGUAUCCUGGCCCAAGCAAACGAAUUCGUAAAUGCGGCCAACAGUCGGGAGCUCCCGCCGCUCCCCGCAUUUGCCAAUAGCCCAAUCAGUAAAACGACAUCCCCGCAAUCGCAACAGCCACCCAAAGAACGGCCUGGGUUUUUUAGACGUGUGUUUGGAGGAGGGAAGAGUCAGCAACCGGCCCAGGAAGCAUCUCGCGGAGCUCCACAACUACCCCCCGUCGAAACUCGUCUGCAGCAUGACUCAGCGCCGCCAAAUGUGCCACCCAAGGAUUCAGCAAGGUCUGGGUCAAUAAGCCAAGCGCAAAAACAGCAGAAGCAGAUGAAAGAGCAGCCUACACCAACCCUUAACAAGAAAAACUCAUCUUUCUUCAGGAGGCGCAAGAAGUCUAUCACCGAACCGGCACCGCCAUUGCCAAUUCAGACGAAUAUCCCACCUGCAGAUGCAGUCGGAUCAGGGCUGCCUAGUCCCGAGGCAAGCAGUUUGCGCCAGGUAAUGACCCCCUUCCUCAACGAGUCCGUAGUACCUGGGAACACGUACUACGACGGUCAAGAAAAACAACCUGUCGACAACGACGACGAGGUCCCUCGCAUUGGUGGCUUCUCUCCCGAUUACAAGCCCCACAAAGAUGCGACCGUCCGAGCCGUCAAACCGGGCUCUGGUGGUACAGAUGAAGGCGUCCCAUUGGCUUUGGAGGGAGUGCAGAAUCUGCAUGCUCGCGGCCAGGACAGCCCCAAGUAUAAGUUGAAAGUUAAGCGUGGCAAAGGCGGCGCUUCGAAGCCGAGCGAUGAUGCAUCCUUCCUUGCUGAUAGUAGCGGGAACGAGGAUACGAGCGGCGACGUAGCGUCCUCCCGAAAGGGUCCAUCUAUGGGCAAACCAGACCACAUGAAAAGGCCUUCGACCAGCCCAGCACCACCUACAUUCAUCCAACAUAACAGCAAAGACAGCGCUAAUCCGCGUGCAAAGGCAAACACCGGCGAAAAGAGAUCAGGCAAGCCAUCGGCUUUUGCUGACAUGGACGCUGAUGACGGCGGUUGGGUUGUUACCGACCCGAACGUGGACUUGUCCGCAAACGAUGCCUUGGCUAGGGACCGUUUACGACUCGAGCCUACUUCGUCCGACGAUGAACUGGACGAACAGGCCGACCUUGCUUUGCCUCUGGAUGGCCCUCGCUCUUCGUCCAAGAACCUGGCUACGCCUAUCGACCCGUCCACUCCUAAUACGCCGAGCGACGUCUAUCACUCCGCAGCCAGCCUCCCGAUUGUACAGAUUGAAGGUGGCGAUUUGAAGGAGGAGGAUGAGGACGCCGAGCGGAUGGACGGACCUUUGGCUGGCCGUAUCACCGAGCCGUCUGAUGAAGAGCGUGAAAAGGCUAGGAAGAUCUAUGAUGGUGAGGAAGACUUUAUAAGCAAGGGUCGUGCAGCGGCAUGGCUGGGCGAAAAGACCCCGGUGAGCGAACGGUGCCGAAAGGCAUACAUGGAGCUGUAUGAGUGGACCGGCUUCAGCGUCCUACUUGCCAUGCGAGACCUGUGUGGCAGGCUUAUCUUGAAGGGUGAAACCCAAGAGGUUGACCGUAUACUUGAUGCUUUUGCGAACAGGUGGUGUGAAUGCAACCCUAACCACGGCUUCAAGACGACUGGUGUUGUACAUACUAUGUGUUACUCUCUGCUUUUGUUGAACACCGAUCUUCACAUGGCAGACAUCGAGUCCAAGAUGACUCGGGGCCAGUUCGUGAAGAACACUUUGCCAACUAUCACAGCAGUAGUGGAAGACGAGCUGUCCGAGCUUGAUGAGGACGGCAAUCCCAAACGCAGCGCCACUCCACAUGACGAGCCGUUCGCAUCUGCGCCAGUUUCUCCUACGUUUGAAAACAAGUCAAACGGUGUAAGGGAAUCAGUCGAUUUUGGAACAGCGAAACGAUCCAAGAACCGCCUUUCCAUCAGACCGGCCAUAGGAGGACUCCGCUUGGAUUCCGAAGGCCUCCUUGGGAGUUCUGAUUCGGGCACCGGAGACAGUUGCACUAUCCUGGUCAAGGCUCCCUUCGAGGGUUCCAUGAAGGGAUGGGAGUAUCAAGUGGAGAUUGUGCUUAAGGAAUUCUACAAUUCCAUCAAGCAUGAUAAGUUGCCACUCCAUGGUGGUGCAUCUCAAGAUCCGCCCUCGUCAUCAAAUAACAAUCUCUCCGUCGAAAAGGUCUUACGCCGCUCCCCCUCGGUUCUCAGCAAGGCUCCGUCCGACACCACCAGUUACCGUGGCCGGUCACAUGAAUUCCGUUCCGCGAGUUCUCGUUGGAACUCCAAGACUAGGUCUCGGCCCAAGAUCUACCAGAGUUCAACUAUCGGGUCUAGCCGCACUAGCUUGGAUGAUCAGUCGGUCUUCAGCCCGCCUGGUUCUAGCAAGUGGAGCACCUAUUCUUUCGGAAAGACUCAAACAUCCAUGUCUGUCGAUUCGUUGGGCUCCCACUUUGUUCCUGUCGACUACCAGCAGUCAAUUGGUUUCGCAAAUGCGCUUAGCCAGGCAAUUAUUCGUGAAGAAAACCAGACUAUUGGAAGCCAUGAUGAGUAUGACCGUGUGGUACCUCUCCUUGAGGACGAGACCCUUGGUCUGGCUGGUCCACCGUGGGCCAAGGAAGGUAUGCUGAAGCACAAGCAUCACCUUGAGGCACUUGACAAGAAGGCCAAGGACCGCAACUGGAGCGAGGUCUUUGCCGUCAUCGAAAAGGGCUACAUGAAGCUGUUCACAUUCAGUUCGAAUGCCAAGUCCCUGCGUUCCAAGGCUAAGAACAGGCGCCCUUCAACUGGCGGCGUUGUCGGCGGUGGUAACUGGACUGAUAACGCUGAGCAACUAGAUUCAUUCCUGCUUAGACAGACUCUGGCCAGCUCCCUGCCACCUCCUGGCUACUCCAAGAGCAGGCCCCACGUCUGGGCGCUCUCGCUGCCGACUGGUGCCGUGCAUCUCUUCCAGUGUGGUACGCCGGAAAUUGUCAAGGAGUUUGUGCUUACGGCAAACUACUGGUCUGCGCGUCUCUCGAAGGAGCCGCUUGUCGGUGGUGUCAGUAACCUCGAGUACGGCUGGAGCGAGAAUGUCAUCAACACUGCUCUCAUUCGGCCAGAGAGCUCGCCUCCGGCCAACAGCAGCACUGUUGGCAUGCCUCGACCCAGCAUUCAGAGCUCCAUCCGUAGCUCAAUGGAUCAUGGCACCGGCACUGUGAAGGCUCGCUUGCCCGGUGACAAGGUCACUCUUUCCGACUGGACUCCGCCAACGCAAAGCAUGAUGGCGAGCAACCUGAUGGAGGUCGAUCAGCUCAAGGCUCUGACUGCAUAUGUUAAGAACAUCGAGGAAGAGCUGAGCAGGCACCAGGAACUGAGGGCGCCGAUACAGAUUGCCUUUUCGCCUCGUCACCCCAAUGCUGCCAAGGCGAUUGCCAACUUCGAAAAGAAGUCUGCCUAUCUGCUCCGCGAGAUUGUCAAGUUCAGGACGUACAUUGACGCACUCACGCUCGCGCAAGACAACAAAGACAAGAUCUACAAAGACCGCGAGCAGCGCGAGGCCGAGAACGCUGCUGCUAAAGCCGAAGGUGCCGCCGCAGAGGCCGCAGAGGCCGCAGAGAAGGAGGGGAAGGGAGAAGAGGAGAAGGAAGAGAAGUCUCGUCCUGGUACCGGGUCUGAUGACGACUCUGCCCUCCGAAGCUCCCUUAACCGUCUUAUCACCGAGUUCGAUGCUGACUGAGCGGUGACGUCGCUAUAGAUCUCGCAAAAAGUUCGCGACGUGGCAUCAUCCACGGCGAAGGCCGCCGUAUCGACCACGCGUGCAGUUUGCGAGGGAGAGACGCCGCGCGCCAGUGGCCUGUGGGUGAGAAAAAAAGUUUCGUGCUCCCUACUUCGCUCCUUACACUCUUUUCCUUUCUUUCCUCUCGUCUGUUGACAGCUCGAGGACACGAUUUUGCUUUCUUUGUUAUGACCUCAUGGCG